UUCUCGAGUGAAGCGCGUUCUCCCUCCAGGCUACCGUAGAAGACCUACUUUUGCCGCCUACCUAACCUGCAGCGAGUGCUGCAUAAAAGAAAUUAAGCAAAGCCUGACCGCGUGGUAAGGAGGAAUCACCGAAGCAAUUCCUGUUGUUUUUUAGGUGCACAAUAUGGGCAAGAAGCAGAAUACCAAGGGUAAGAAGGAUGCACCGGAGACACAGGAGGAGCCUGAGGAGUUUGUUGUGGAAAAAGUACUCGACCAGCGUAUUGUCAAUGGGAAGGUAGAAUUCUACCUGAAGUGGAAAGGGUUUACAGAUGCUGAUAAUACCUGGGAGCCAGAGGAGAACCUGGACUGUCCAGAGCUGAUAUCAGGGUUUUUGGAAGCACAGAAGAACGUUAAGGAGAAGCCGGCUCCCGUUAAGAGGAAGGCCUCCACAGACGAGCCAGAGCCAGAUGCCAAGAAGAAGGAUGUGCCUGAGAAACCACGUGGCUUUGCUAGGAAUCUGGACCCAGAGCGGAUCAUUGGUGCGACAGACAGUAGUGGGGAGUUGAUGUUCUUGAUGAAGUGGAAAGACUCGGAUGAAGCAGAUUUGGUCCCUGCCCGUGAAGCCAACACCCGCUGCCCUCAGGUGGUCAUUUCUUUCUAUGAGGAGAGACUGACAUGGCAUUCCUGUCCAGAGGAUGAAGCUCAGUAACGCAUCCCUCUGGUCCCUGCAGUCCCCUUGCACCGCCUAUGCCCUUUUCCUCAGGACUGAAUUCUCUCCUCUUGCUUGCCUUCUAGUUUUAGCUGUCUUAGUUAUUUUCGGAGGUGUUUCAACCCUGUUUGGCAGUCAUGGAGAGCUAUGUUGUUGUUGUACAUAUUAGCUGAACUGAUUGCAAGAGAGCAGGUGGAAGUUCUUGUGAUGUAUAAUGAAGUCUUCCGUUAUCUUAUUACUUAUGUGAUGUUUGCAGUAUAGAAACGAUACUCUUUGGUAGAAGCCGACACCACAACCUGUAUUCAUACCUGGUCAACUUUUUGUAAGUUUUAAAUUUCUACUUUGGUCUGUUCAACUGUUGAUCACCUCUUGUUGUUCAUUCUCAUGAUGAAGAUGCUGAUUUAUGUCUUUUUCACACUAGUACUAAUGUUUUUGUUCUAAGAGUGCAUUUUGUAUACUUGGCCUGUAAAUAUUAUUUGAAGUUCUAAUAAAGGUUUUAUGUGACCAAA